AUGAUCCCGGUGUUCCCGGCACAGGCUCUGCAGGCCCAGGGCACGGCGGGCGAGGCGCUGGCACGGGCACGGGCGGAGCAGGAGCAGCUGCGGGCGGAGCAGGAGCGGCUGAGCCGGAGCCACGCGGAGCUGGCCCAGGACAGCGCCGGGCUGGCCGUGCAGCUCGCCAUGGCACAGCGGCACGGGCAGGAGUGCCACAGGGAGGCACAGGGGCUCAGGUCGGAGAAGGAGGGGCUGGAGAGCAGCAUGUUCCAGCUACAGGCACAACUGGCCCAACUCCAGGCCCAGAACCAGCAGCUGGAGAGCGAGGGCCGGACGCUGCUCCAGGCCAAGGAGGCGCUGGAGGCCGAGCUGGGGGUGUCGCGGCAGGAGCGGGCACAGGAGCUGCGGUGCCGGCGCCGGGCGGUGGCGGCGGCCGAGGCGGCCGCGGUGACGGUGACCCUGCGGAGCGCCCGCGACGCCCACCGGGACCAGCUGGAGCAGCUCCAGCGCCACAAGGAGGAGCUGGAGGCCGAGCGGGGCCGGCUGAUGCAGGAGCAGGACGAGCUGGUGGCCGAGCUGGCGGCGCUGCGGCAGCAGCACCAGAGCGAGAAGCAGCAGGCCCUGGCCCUGCAGGAGGAGGAGAGGGCGGCCCUGGCAGAGACGCUGGCGGGGCUCCAGCGGAGCCUGGACGAGGCCACGGCUGAGCUGGAGCAGCAGCGGAGAGAGGUCACCACUCACCAGGAGAAGGAGCAGUCCCUGUGCUCGGAGCUGCUCUCGCUGCGGGCGCGGGCGGAGGCAGCGGCUCAGACCCACGAGCGGGAGGCGCGGGCGCUCCGGGACCAGGCGGCGGCGGCGGCCAAGCAGCGGGACAGCGCCCUGCGGGAGGCGGAGGAGGCGCGGGCGCAGCUGCGCUCGGCGGCGGAGGCGCGGGCAGCCGGGCGGCGGGAGCUGCUGGAAGCGCAGCGGGACGCCCGGGAGAGCCGGGAAGGGCGGGAUGCGGAGCGGAGGCAGGCGCAGGAGGCGCGCAGGGCCCUGGGAGACGAGGCCAGGGAGAAGGAGACCCUGCGCCGCUCCAACGAGGAGCUACGGGCGGCCCUGCGGAGGGCAGAGGGGGAGCGCAUCAGCCUGAAGCGUUCCGGGGAGGACAAGGAGCAGCGGCUGGCGCUGCUGGAGGCGGGGCGGGCGGCGGCCGAGCGGGAGGUGACGGAGCUGCGGGCGGCGCUGCGGGACCUGGAGCGCGGCCGCCUGGACGCCCGCCGGGAGCUGCAGGAGCUGCGCCGGCAGGUGAAGGACCUGGACAGCGAGAACAGCCGGCGGAGCAGGGAGGUGGGAGAGCUGCAGGCGCGCGUGGCGCUGGAGGAGCAGCGGGAGGAGCGGAGCCGCCGCGAAGCCUUCGGCCUCAGGAGGAAGGUGGCGGAGAGCGAGGCCGACACGGAGGCUGCCAGGAAGGAGCUCCAGCAGCUCCAGCAGCGCCUGGCGGAGGCGGAGGCGGAAUUCCGGCAGCGGGAGAAGGAGCUGGCGCGGAGCCUGGAGGAGGCUCGCGGCAACGAGAAGAAGCUGCUGGCGGACUCCCGGAACCUGCAGCUGAAGGUGGAGGCGGCGCGGGGCGAAGUGUCCGAGCUGAGCCUGCGGCUGAGCGCGGCCCAGGGCCGGGCCCAGGGGCUGGAGGCGGAGCUGGCCCGGGGCGAGGAGCUGCGCCGGGCGGCCGAGUCCCGGCUGGGCGGGCUCCAGGCGGCCCUGCGGAGAACCGUGGGCAUGGCCCGAGCCCGGCCCGGCCCCCCGGCCCCCGGCGGGGCCCCAGAGGGGUCAGGAAGCCCCGGCUCCUCCCCGGAGCCCGACCCCGCAUCCGAUCCCGAGGCGGCGCGGGCGGCCCUGCGGGAAUUCCUGCGGGAGCUGCAGGAGGCGCAGCGAGAGCGGGAGGAGCUGCGCGUGCAGGUCGGGAGCCUGGGCCGGCGCCUGGCGGAGGCGGAGCAGGAUCGGGAUAACGCCAAUUCCCGGGCACAGCAGCUCCAGAAGCUCAUGGAAGAGAGCGAGGAAGGGCGCCGGGGGGACUUGAGCAGCUCCCAGGCCACACUCCUGCUCCAGGAGGAGACCCUGCGCCAAUCCCAGCGGGAACGCCGCGAGCUCCGGGACAAGGUGGCGGCGCUGGAGCGGAGCCUCCGCAAUUCCGAGCGGGAAUGCCGGGCAGCACAGGAGCGGCUGAGCGCGGCGCGGGCCGGGGGGGCCGAGCUCCUGGAUGCCAAGCGGCGCCUGGAAGCGCUGGAGAGCCGGAGCUGCCGCCUGGAGCUGCAGCGGCGGGUGCUGGAGGGGGAGCUGGGCCGGGCCCGGCGGGCACUGGGAGAGCGGGAAGCGGAGGCCAAGGAGGCCAAGGAACGGGCGGAGCUGCUCCAGAAACAGCUGGCCCAGAGUGAGCAGCGUUCCAGCACAUUCCAGCUGCUCAGUGCCCCGCUGGAGAGCGAUUCCAAGGAUUCUCCGAGCGCUCCCUCCAUGUCCGAUGGUUCCCUGCUCCAGGAGCGGCUCCAGCAGCUCCAGAGCGCCCUGACCGCCGGAGAGCUGGACCGGAGGGGGCUCCAGGAGGGGCUGGGG